AUGGGCCCCUGUACCGCCUCCUCAUGCUGCUGCCAGGCCCCUAAUCUGCCAUGGGCCCCCUGUACCGCCUCCUCAUGCUGCUGCCAGGCCCCUAAUCUGCCAUGGGCCCCUGUACCGCCUCCUCAUGCUGCUGCCAGGUCCAGAGUCUCUCAUGGGUCCCUGUCCGGCCUCCCAUUGCUGCUGUCUCCAUCGCCACACUCUGCCAUGUGCCACUUUCAGGUCUCCUCACUCUGCUGGUGUGUUACAUAACCAUGUCAUAGGGAUGCUGGCAGAUUACGGCUUCCUCCUUGCUUGCUGCCAGGCCCGUAAUCUGCCAUGAGGCCCCCGUUUCACAGCCUGCUGGACUGCGCUGCUGCCAGUGUGUCAGAGUCUCUCAUGGGUCCGCUAUGUACGGCUCUCAUUGGUCUGCUGUCUCCAUCUGCGACACUCUU